AUGGGUUUGAAAGUAUUAUCGGCUCUUGAUGCUGCAAAAACGCAAUACUACCACUUUAAAGCCAUUAUAAUCGCAGGUAUGGGUUUGUUUACUGAUAGUUAUGACUUGUUUUGCAUCCCUCCGAUUAUGACACUCAUCGGAAGGAUAUAUUACCCUAAAUUCGACGACGAUGUGCCACCGGCGAAAUGGUUCGAGGUCCCUGCCGUGAUUGCAUCCACGAUGUUCGGUGUUGCAUUAAUGGGGGCUGUAAUCGGGCAACUCAUUUUUGGCUGGCUUGGAGACCGUGUCGGGCGUCGUCGUGUGUACGGUAUUUCACUUGUACUAAUGGUCUUGGGUUCUACCGGAUGCGGGUUUUCACUCACGACAUUGACGCCAUUGGUGUUUGUCAGCCUCGGGUUUUUCCGAUUCUUGCUUGGGAUGGGAAUCGGAGGGGAUUACCCGUUAUCGGCCACGAUUAUGUCGGAGUUCGCCAACAGGAGGACUCGUGGAGCGUUCAUUGCCGGUGUGUUCUCUAUGCAAGGGUUCGGGAUCCUAUUGAGCUCGCUCGUUACCAUGACCGUGUGCACCGUUUUUAAAGCCGUUGACAAGAAUCUACCAACUCCGUCGAUGGAACUCCAAGCAUCGAAAACUUUUGCCCAGGUGCAGCCCGUAUCGGACUUGGCGUGGCGGCUUAUUCUUAUGAUUGGUGCAAUUCCAGCAUCUAUGACUUAUUAUUGGCGGAUGAAGAUGCCCGAAACUGCCCGAUUCACAGCUUUGGUGGAGAAGAACACAUUACAAGCAGCAAAAGAUAUGGAGAAAGUCAUGAAUGUAUCACUGAGUCAAAUCCGAGAAGAUAUCGACACGAUGAACACAUCGAGCACUCGGGCAGCUUUCUCAAACACAUACGGUUUCUUCUCUCGAGAAUUUCUUCGACGACAUGGCCGUGAUCUCGUUGCCGCAUCCACCAAUUGGUUUCUCCUCGAUAUCGUCUUCUAUAGUCUCAAUCUAUUCCAAGAUCAUGCAUUUAAACCUCAUAUGAAGGAAAAGAAUGCGAUGAAUCUGUACGAUGAUGCAUUGCAAGUCGCGAAAUUCCAAGCGAUCGUUGCGGCUUCUGCAACGAUCCCCGGAUAUUUCGCGACAGUUUACUUGAUUGAUUAUGUUGGGAGAGUCAAAAUUCAAGCAAUGGGGUUCCUUUUCAUGGCGAUAAGCUUGUUUACGAUCGCGGGAGUGUACAAAGGCGAUGGGGGAUCUGACGGGACAGUCGGGUACAUGAUACUCUAUGGACUUACGUUCUUCUUUUCCAAUUUCGGGCCAAACACCACCACUUUCAUAGUCCCGGCGGAGCUUUUUCCUGCGAGGUUUCGUGCAACGUGUCAUGGGAUUUCCGGUGCAGUUGGAAAACUGGGGGCGAUAACCGGAACGGUCGGGUUCUUGUGGGCUUCUCGUGAUCACCCAAACGGGGUUUGGGUGUCACAUACGUUAACGGCGAUGGGCGGGGUUUGUGUUUUGGGGUUCCUGGUGACGUAUUUCUUUACUCGGGAGACAAUGGGGCGGUCAUUGGAGGAGAAUGAAAAUGUGGACGAGCUCACAGGUGUUUGUUUUGUUCGAUUUUGGCCCCACAAGUUGUGGGCCAGAAGAGCUCAACAAGUACCUGCGACCUAACGACACAGUGGAGAUUCUACAUCAAAGUUCACAUACUAAAGACGGCCCAAGUAUCAUCGUACAAUUUACUCAUAUUAAUCAUUUCUUA